AUGUGGCGCCUUGCCAGCGUUUCUGUUUCCCCUCCACAGACUGAUCUCUGGUUUAGCGAUGGCAAGCCAGUUGAAGCCAUUCGGGGAGGCUUUGGCGAAUCGUCCCGGCUGAUUGUUGAUGGACAGGGCUUUCUGGAUCUGACCGUUAUGCAAGUCAUUGGAAAGGAAUGGAUCGAUGCAAACGGAUCGAUCCUAUGGCCUCAAGAUGACCUUGAACGUGGUUGUUUCCCGUUCGAUCCCUCACGCGGCCAUCAUGUUCCGUGGCUCGCCCUCUCUCUCUCAAUCCAGGGCAGUAGCUUCACCAUCUGCGUGACUGCAAUCUGCAGAACGCAUUCUCAGAAAGAUUUCUCUACUCUCUGGCCAACCGCGUUGGGAAAGCUCAAGCCAUUACCUACGAUUUCUCCCAACGACGCCAGAUUCAUCAGGAAUAUGAUCGCAUACAAGUACAUACCGUACCAGAAUAUACCGGAUGGCCCUGGAAAGACGGAAGAUGAAAUCACAGCCCUUGGUCGAAGGCUCUUCCCUUUCUCUCCUCAUAGCUUUGAGCUCGCAAUGUGUGUAUACGAUUGGACAACUGCUUCCUUUACUCGGAUGGUAUUCUUAAAGAUCUUUGAGUACACGAGUGUUGGACAAGCUCCAUUCCCCAUCGAUCAGAGCAGCAUAUCCGAGCAAAUCUGGGCAAGCAACUGGGGUUCAUACAAGCCAACCGAUCCAGACUUCAUGAAAUCGUUCAUGAUGAAGCCGGCAACCUCGCUGCAGGACGUCAAGUCACAGCUCAAGGACGUCGCCUCGAAGCUUCAUGAUCUCAGCGACGUUGAGAACCGCAUGCUAUCCGCCGCCAUACGGUCGCUUCCACGCACCUCAAUUUUGUCUCAUUCACGGCUCUUCAGUGGACAGAUGGACAUCUAUCAGCUUGGGCUCGACCACCUUGGCAUAGAGUUCUUGGAAUGUCCCCUCAACGACGGCCCCGUGGACAGACCACUCGUAGAUGCGUUUGCGAGUGCCAUGUCCAGCUACCUCUCCGUAGGCAAGACAAUCACGACAAAGAUGGUAUGGAGCUUUACCGACUCCAUAGCGGACGCCAUGCAUUAUUCCAAUGGACUACUGCUGGUUGCAGAAUGUCCCGAACACUCCAUGGUGUGGGAAUCGGCAGCGUACGUGACACCGCUGUCGGACAACCCGGACAAGACAGAGUACACAUUCAUGCCGGGGUCUCGCUUCGAAGUGAAAUCAGUUGAAGAGGUUGUUGUGCCAUCGGGAGAUAACCGUGAAGCUGCUGAGAAAACAGUCACCGCGAUUACGCUGAAACCGAAGCAACCGAAGCCCAGCAAUGAAUGGUUGCCUACGAGGAUCCAGCUUCCCGAUGGAACAAGAGAAGGAUUUCCGGAGCCGCUCAAGAAAGACGAAGUUGCGCGACUUGUAGAGUCGUACUUCUCCGUUCCCGGAGUUCCGGAAAUCCAAGAACCUCCCAGCGUACUCGUCUUCGUGAGGUACUUCUUUAUUGGUCAAUUUAUCCUGGUGCCUUUCAGCCAGAUUUCAACCUCGUUCAUUCAGCUUCUCAUUGGUUUGAUAUCUUUCUAG